CCCAAAUUGAAGAGAGAGAGAGAGAGAGAGCAACAGAGAUGAAGUUCUGCAAUAUAUUGAUCGGCAAGCCCUACAGUCCCGCUCCCAGUUUCCACGUACUUCGCCAUAGAAUUUACCUGUUCGGCGAAGGAGAGACGAGGGUGUUACCACUGAAGAGCAUGAUACUUCCGGUGAGCAUCGGCUGCAGCACUUGUGCCAAUCACAUUGCCCAGGGCACCACUUUGACCUAUGUAAAACGGCACGGCUUCUCCGAGACUUCUUUGGGAGCUCCAAUAGUAACAUUUGUCUUCAAUUGUACCAAGUGCCGGGCACUCAUCCAGAUGAAGGAAGACCCAGAGAACUCAGGCUAUGUUGUUGAGGAUGGUGCUACAAAUUUUUUUGAUGAACAUGAGAAAUCAGAACACCGUGGCAAGAUUAGUGAUGAAGAUGGUUUGGAUCAUGAAACAUCUGACUCUAAUUUGAAGGUGAUAAUGACAUGUUGCUUUUUGUGUAUCUAGUUUUUACAUUUUGGAGCACUUAUGUAGCAUUGG